AAAGAGAGAAAACCAACUCACCUCCUUUAGUGUUUACCUUUUUCUCUCAAUCUUUUUGUAUGUUACUUGAAUUAUCGUCAGUUGAUCAUCAUCACCAUCACUUAAUCAUCUCUCCAUCUCUCUGUUAAUCAUCACCAUUUAAUCACUAAUUAACCAGUUAAUUAAUCAUGUUGGUCGCUUUGAAAUGUGCUCGUGAUAUGUUAACCAAAAUGUCAUACAAAGGAUUUGAGAUUAAGGAUGAGAAAGAUUUUUGUAAAUGUUUACUUUCAAUUGUCAUUGAUUAUUUUGGUUCCAUUUUCCAUGAUGAAGAUAAUCAACAUCAGGAGACAAUUUUUCAUCAUUUAGCUCAAGGAAUUUGUUAUACACUCGAAGAUAAGUUGGGAAAAGGCCUUGGAAAAAGGGACGAUAAAGCAGAAAAUGAGACUGGUCUUGAUCUUGGAGAACGAUGUCAAUCAUCCUCAUCAUGUGUUAAAUUAUCAGAGGCAAAUGUUGAUUCUCUCGGUUUUGAACAAUUGAACAUUUCCUUUGAUAUAACCAGCCUUUCGUAUGCUUACAGUUUGCGUGAUAGUUCAAGUCAUGUCAUUUUCUUGGACACACAAGCGAUUUAUCCUCUUUCAGCUGAUCUAUUGUGCAAAUAUAUUUACUAUCGAAGUAGUCAGACUCAAAAUGAUGAAGAUGAAGGUGAAUCAAUGGUCAACGAUGAUUCUAUUAGUUUAUGUUCAUCAAAAAUCCCUUCUAAUGAUAAUUUAAACUCUUCUACUGAAGAUAAAAUUGAAAUCCAUCGAUUUCCUCAAGUUUUUGAUGAUUUAAAUGAAUUGAAUUCAUCUAAUCCAAUUGUUAGUUUACCUGUUAGCAAAUAUCAAUCUAUCAAUCCAAGUCAAUCACUUUUAAGAAGUUUAUUAAUUCCUGGUUCAAGGUUUAAUCAUGUUGAAAUUGGUCAACGAUAUUGUUUAAUUUAUUUGAAUUGCGACAAAUCAAUUCUCGGACGGAGUGAACCUUUUCAAUUUGAUUCCAAGAUGACCAACAAUCUAAUCAACAGUUUGGACAAUCGAGAUGACCCCGAUUCUGAUGAAGAUGGUUUUGUUAUCGUUGAAUCUUGACCAUAAUCUUACAAUUAACUUGAUAAUCAAGAAAUCAAGAUGUUACUGCAAAAUAAUUUAUGAUCAAAAUGAUUACCCAAGUGAAGCUUAUCAUGUUUUCCAUUUCAAUCCAAGACAAUUAAAUAAUUUACCUAAUAACAAUUAACCAAAUAUCUAAAUUAUUGUAAAAAUCUUUCCCUUGGUAAUAAUUUAAUUUCAAAAUAUUAUAGAUAUUUAUUGUGGGCGAAUGUAAUAAAACCCCUUAAUUGUAAAUUGUUAAUUCAAUAUGAAGAAUUUUUUCCUCUCAUUAAAUUAAAGUGUU